AUGGCUCUGCCGAAAUUCUCGGUGGCGGAGUAUCUCCCGCUGGAUGUCAUACCUUUAAUCCUGGAGCACCUCGCGGAUCGCAGGGACCUGCACACGUGCGCCCGGGUCUCGAAGGCCUUUUACCACGCAACGACUCCGCUCCUGUAUCGCACACUCGAUGUUCGUGUGACAGACUACAACAACAAGCGCCCAGUGGUGCUGCAUCCAUCCACGACGAUUCUCAAGAGGCCGGAAUACGCGAAAUACGUGCGGCAUGUCCGAGAGAACGGUGCUGUCGGAUUCCACCGUCCUGACCUCAUCGCCCAAUGCAGAAAAGCCCUUCGGCUGUGCGUGCACCUCGAAGGCUUCACCUGGAGCGACGACAGCACCGAAGGCAUGGACGAGAGCGACUUCAUCGCGUACCUCGAAAUCCUGCAGACGCUCCCGCUGCGCGAGCUCGUCAUCCGCACGUUCUACGGCCUGAGCGACACGGUGUGGGAACGGCUGCAAUGCUUCACCGCGCUCACGAAGGUCUCGAUCUGGUGCAUGGAGGGCAAGCCGCGGAUCCUGCAGGGCUGGUCCGAGAAGCUCGGCGCGAGCCUCACGCACCUCGAGUUGGGUCGCUGCUCAGGCGUGCCCGCCUCGAUUCUCAUUUCAGUCCUCGCCCACCUGCCCCGCCUCCGCGCGCUGCGGCUCAAGGGCGCGCCAUCCGCGGCAAUACUCGAAAUCCUCACGUUCUUGCCGCACCUCGAGACGCUCGACACGGAAUAUUUUGGCGCGGCAACGCUCUCACGCUACGACGACGUGCCCGCGGCGAACCUGCGCGAACUCACCGUACGCACAAGCUCGGUGCACAUUCAAGGCUUCCAGCAGCUGUGGCCAUGGAUUCGCCGGCUGACGCCGCGCACGAGUCUCGAGUCGCUUACGCUAAACGCAUUCUCGACACAGGGCGAAGCGUUUGUGCCGCGCGCGUUCCUGCUCGACAUGGCGCACACGCACGGCGCGACACUCAAGCACAUCAACGCGGACUCGACGCAGAUGACGCUCAAGGACCUCGAGUGCCUGUGCACGGUCUUCCCCCAGCUGCAGACGCUGUCCUGCUCGGCGAUGUUCAGCGCGGAGACGGAGGCGUAUGAGGACGCGGUGCGUAAAGCUGACAAUCUCCGCGAGCUGCGGAUGAACAUCAACAACUGGGCGCACAUACGCAUGGAAAGCCUGGAAAAGACCGCCGUCGAAAAGUCCGUGCGGAAUAUGAUGCUCCGUGAGGGCUCAGUGCUGAGGGUGGUCGGGAUGGGCUCCACCGUCUAUCGGGGCCAAUGGGUGUGUGGCAAGGCAGAGGACGGGACAAAUACCCUCCGCUUUGAGAUUGUAUCGAACGUUGUACAGGAUCGAUGGGACUAG